UGGGUUUUAUGCCGGGGGUUUUAUUCUUCAAAUUCAGAGCUUUAUCAAGCCAACUACAGCUACAGUAAUGAGAUAUCUUCUGAGAAAAGUUCCCUUUUCUGAUAGAAAUAGAAGGUCUCUCCUGCGGAUACUGGCAUUAGGCUCAGUUGGGUCUGGAUUAUUCUUCUUGAAAGAUGGAACGGAUUCGAGGGCAUCAGUAUCCAUAUCGGUUCCUGUACAUGAGUCAUUGAGUUGGCAGUGGAGGAAUUUGCAAGAACAAACUCCUAAUCCAGCUUUUGUUUCUUCGGAUCAGAAUGUCCAGCAUCGAAUUCUUCCAUUAUGUUUGUCUAGAACUGGCGCGGACCCAUCAUGGGAUGUGAAGAAGGAAUUUUGGAAGGGAACUGGGGAUGGUGAGAAAGGUUUUAAUCAAUCAUCGGAUAUAAAGAAAGAAGCUACUGGGGAUGUUGGGGAUGUUCCGAAGCAUUCUUGUAAUUGUUUGGGACAAGAUACCAUAGCUAAUGCGGCUGCUAAGAUUGGGCCUGCUGUUGUCAAUUUAUCAGUUCUUCAGGGUUUCCAUGGGAUAGCAGUUGGAAAGAGUAUAGGAUCUGGAACCAUAAUAGAUGCUGAUGGCACCAUCUUAACCUGUGCGCAUGUGGUUGUUGAUUUUCAAGGGCUGCGCUCUUUGUCAAAAGGGAAGGUUGAUGUGACUUUGCAAGAUGGUCGGACAUAUGAGGGUACAGUGGUGAAUGCUGAUCUACAAUCUGAUAUAGCAAUUGUCAAGAUCAAGUCUAAAACACCUUUGCCAACAGCAAAACUGGGUUCUUCAAGUAAGCUUAGGCCAGGUGAUUGGGUAGUUGCCUUGGGUUGUCCUCUCACUCUCCAAAAUACUGUUACAGCUGGUAUUGUAAGUUGUGUUGAUCGUAAAAGCAGUGAUUUGGGUCUUGGAGGAAUGCGAAGAGAGUACUUACAGACUGAUUGUGCAAUCAAUGAGGGCAAUUCUGGUGGACCUCUUGUAAAUGUCAAUGGAGAAGUGGUUGGUGUUAAUAUCAUGAAAGUAUCGGGAGCUCAUGGAUUAAGCUUUGCUGUUCCAGUCGAUGCUGUCUGCAAAAUAAUAGAGCACUUCAAGACAAAAGGGAGGGUUGUACGACCUUGGCUGGGUUUAAAAAUGAUUGAUCUCAAUGAGAUGAUUGUUGCUCAACUUAAGGAAAAAGAUGCUGCAUUACCAAAUGUCACAACGGGUAUUCUUGUACCAAUGGUAACUCCGGGAUCACCUGCUGAUCGUGCUGGAUUUCUUCCAGGUGAUAUUGUAGUGGAAUUUGAUGGAAAGAGUGUUACAAUGAUUAAGGAGAUCAUUGAAAUAAUGGGAGACAAAGUUGGAAAGCCUUUGAAGGUGGUUGUGAAAAGAGCAAAGGAUAAAACUGUUACUUUGACUGUGAUUCCGGAGGAAGCUAACCCAGACAUGUGAAGAGACGGGAUAGCUACCUCCUUUUUACUUUGUGCACUAUGCUGCAUAUUUCUGUCUCUCAUGAGCAGAUAGUUUCUCUUGUUCUUUUAUUUCCUAUAGUUUUUCGUCCUUUAAAAAUCCAAAUCUAGUCAUUUUUGGAAUAUGAUUAAAAUUUCAAGAA